UGUGCCUACAACGAGAGCAACAACAACGACGACAACAUCGACGACGACAACAACAACAACUCCAGCGCCCACUACAGCGAGAACAACGUCAGCGCCCAUCUUGCUGGAGGAUGAGCUGCCCGCCAGCGUGGAGGAGCAGGCAUUGGAAGAGGAUGAUAUGGAUGCUAUAAAGCUGCGACCCCAAGUCAUCGACGUGGACAAUGGAGAGAAAUUCGAUCCUGUGGAUCAUGCACAUGAGGAAACCGAAUUGACUCAACAACAGGAGUUGGAGGAGAGUCAAGCGAAGCCCGAGGCUGAGCAGACGCAACCAGAGGAGCAGCAGAAGGAAACUGAGCUGGAGAGUGAGCACAUUCCCGCAAUUCUGAAGCCAGAGCAGCCUGAAACAGUUGAGCAAGCGGUAGCCUCCGAGCAGGAGGAGCAACGCCCCGUCGAGGAACAGCAGCCAACAACUGGAGCUCAGCAACCAUUGACGCCAGCCGAUGUGACCACCGAGGCCAUGGAAGCUGUGGAGCACGAGACUGAAGCAUUGCCCGCCUACGACUAUCCGUACAAGAUUGAUGAGGAAUACGCUGAGGAGCAUGAGAUCAAGCCCGCGGCAGAACCAGAGACGGUGCCAGAGGCGGAGGUGGAUGCAAAGCCAGAGCCAGAGCCAGAGCCCGAGUCAGAGCCACAGCCAGAGACAGUGCCAGAGGUGCAAAUUGAAGAGGAGGCGGUUCCAGCACCUGCAACGGUCAAUGAGCCAACUGUUGAGGAGGAGGAGGAGCCGGAGGAGGCWUCGGGCGCACAAGAAAUUGCGCCAGCCGCAGCCGACGAUACCAUGAAAUUUGAUUAUGAAACCGAAGAGCAGCAACAGCAACAACAACAACAACAACAACAUGAUGAGCUGGAAUCUGCGCUAGGUGCCGUGCCCAUUGAGAAGGAGGAGGAGAUCAACAGCGAGACUGAUGUGGAGGCAGCCACAGGGAACAAUCAGCAGCUGCAGCUGGAGGAUGAGAAGGAGCCGACGUCAAGCGAUGCUGAUGAUGAUUUGAUACCCGUGCAUGGCGAAGAGGUGGCGGAAAAUGAAAGUGCAACAAAUGCGCCAGCCAAGCAGCAGCCAGAGGCUGAGCCACAGAACGUUGAGCAGGAGGAGGUGGAGCAGUCGGGUGAUCAUGAGAUGGAGACGGAGCAGGCGCCUCAAGCAGAGGCGGAAGCACAGACGGAGGCGGAGGUGGAGACACAACCACAACAAGCUGACGUCACAGCAGUCAAUGAUGAAGAUGAAGAAGCUGUUGAAGAAGUGCAGCCAGCCAAGCAAACAGAGGAGGAAGAAGAGGAACAACAGCAACAACAACAACAACAACAAGACGAGCUGCAGUUCGCAACAGAAGCAACCGAAAUUGAGGAGCCAGCGAAUCUGAUGGACAGCGAAAGCCCAGCAGCGACAAUUGCCAAUGAUGCAGAGACAGAGGCUGAGCCAGAGCUGGAAAAGGAAAAUCAAGUGGAAGAGGAGCCAGAGAAACCCGACCAAGCAGCUGAAGCCGCAGAAGUCGAGGCGGCAACUGAAACCGCGGCAGAGCCUGAGAAUGCAGCUGAAAUCGAGACAGAGGCAGAGGCAGAAGUAGAGGAAGAGGAAGAGACGGAAAAUGGGAAGGAGAAGGAGACGGAGUCAGAGUCAGAGCUGGAGCUGAAGCUGGAGUCGACAACCGAUCAGGCAGAACAAAGCGCCGACGUUAAGCCGACAAGUGGCGAAGAUGAUUUAAAUGAAGCCAAUCAAUUAAAUCAACAGCAAAUCGCAGAGCAAAAACCAGACGAAGCUGAAGCUGAAGUUGAGGCGACAACUGAGCAGCAGCUGAAUGAGGAGCAGGCGGAGCAGAAUGUGGAACAUGAGAUAGAGACAGAAAGCCAAACGGAGAAGGAGACGGAGUUGGAGAUGGAGCCAGCUGCUGAGGUGGAGGCAAUCAGCGAAGCGCAGCACGAAGAAUCGACUUACCCAACAAAUGAUGAUGAAUUGGCGCCAGAGCAAGUCACAGAGCAGGUGGCCAAUGCACAAGACGAUGCAGAGGAGCACGACGAGGCAGCGGAGGCGGAGGAGACGGCUGCAACAACUAGUGAACCAGAAAUCUUGCAGCAGCCAACAGAAGCAGCAGCAGAGGAGACUGAGCUAAAUGCAAAUGCAAUUAAGACGCCCGAAGUGUCGGAAACAAUUGCAGAGCCAGCGCUUGAGCUAGAGUCAGAGCCAGAGCCAGAGCCUGAACCAGAGUCGGAGACAGAGUCGGAGCUCGAGGCAGUGCAGGCGGUGCAGUUAGACAACAUUGCUAAUGAUGAGGUGUCGCAUGUUGAGGAUGAAGUUGAGGAGCUGCCGUUGCAGCAGGCAGAUGAGGUUGAAGGCGCGGCUGAUGCGGCCACUGAAAUACCGACAGAGGCAACGCCAAUUAAACACGAUGAGCUGCAGGAAACCGAACUCAAUCUCAAGACGGAAGCUGUCACCGAGCGCAGUGAAAGUGGCGAGCUGGCUGAAGCGGAAAUGGACAAAAAUGAAAAUGAUAAUAUCAUACAAGGAGCGGAGCCAAAUGUGGAGCAGCAGCCAAUCAAGGUCACAGCGGCAGAGGCCGAAGCAGAGGUAGAGGCAGAGUCCACAACUGAGCGGCAGAUCAAAUUGGAUGAGGCGGAGCUGCAGCAGCCAGAAGUGAACUUCGACGAUGCCAGCAUGGAAAAAGUUGAGGAUGCUCCAGCGGAGACUGUGACCGAAGCAGCAGCAACAGCAGCAGCGGAAAUGGAAACGGAGCAGGCAGCCACACAGCUGCCCGAGCUGGUCGCCGAGGUGCCCAUUGUGAGCGAGGAGCAACCUGCCGAUGACUUCAAGGAAAGCGAAAGCGUUGCGGGCAUACUGAACGACCUGAUGCUUGAGGGCGACAGCACCGUGCCUCCAGUGCCAUUCGGAGAGCAGCCAGCGCAAACUAUGCCCAUACCAGCGGGCGAGAAGCCACAGCAGGAGACGCAGCAGCAACAGCAGCAGCAGCAGCUGGAUGAGAAUGAAAUGCCAGCCAUGCCCGAUUUGCUGGCAGAGGCCGAUGAACUGCACGAGCAGCAGGAGCAAUCCGAAGACACUGAAGCGGAAGCAGUGCCUGUCACUGAAGCAAACAGCAAUGAGUUGGAUGACAAACUAGUUACCUUCUAUCCCGAGAUGCCAGAGCAGGAGCACGAACAGGCAGCUGUUACAGCUGAGCUGCAGCCAGAGUCAACCACAUUGGAAACGGAAGCCGAGGCAGAGCCAGAGCGUACGCUGUCGCCUGAGGAGCUGCCCUUCGACCUGAGCGAUAAUUCUGGUCCGAUCAGACUGCAGGAGCUCGAAUCGGACAGUUUGAUUGUGGAGUCCACGACGCUGGACACACAGCUCGACCAGAACAAUCACAUUGAUGCGCUGAACGUGCCCGUCACUCAAGCCAACGAGGAGGCCACGCCCAACCCGGCUGAUAUCGUCGAGAUCACCACGCAGACCAUGCUCGGCUUGGCUAGUCGUGUUACCCUCAUGGAGCCCGCCGCCCCAGUGGUGACCACCCUGAAGCCCCUGAUGGCCUCCGAGGAGGCCACACCCCUGCCCGCUGUCAGCUACCCGCCAGAGAUUCCCAUCGUGUCGCUGCUGAGUGGCAAACCGAGCACAGAGCUGCGCAAGCGCGUCGACCUGGCCCUGGAAGCCAUCUCUCUGGGUCUGCCCUGCGCCAGCGAUCGCCAAUGCCAGAUGGCCGAUCCCCACACCGUCUGCAAUGCACGUGGCGUAUGCGACUGCGCCGCAUCAACUGGCGCAGAUCAGGGUCAGUGCAGUGCGGAGCGCACAGGCUGCAGUCCCGGCACCUUCCAGUGCCGUUCGAGUGGCGUUUGCAUCUCGUGGUUCUUCGUGUGCGAUGGACGCCCCGACUGCAACGACGAAUCCGACGAGGAGUGCACCCACAAUGCCCGCCUCAAUCAGACCUGUCCGGCGGAGGCGUUCCGCUGCGAGCGCAGUGGCCGUUGCAUCUCGCGUGCGGCGCUCUGCGACGGACGCAAACAGUGUCCGCAUGGCGAGGAUGAGCUGGGCUGCGAUGGCCACCUGAAGGGCGGCAACAGCUGUCCGGCGCACACGUUCCGCUGCAAGAGCGGCGAAUGCCUGCCCGAGUACGAGUACUGCAAUGCCAUUGUCUCCUGCAAGGAUGGCAGCGAUGAGCCGCCCCAUCUCUGCGGCUCUCGUGCCAUGCCCAAUCUCUUCAUGCGCCUGAUCGAAGCGGGUGGCCUGCUGGCCAGUCGCCGGGAGCCGGAUGCCUAUUGCCCGCAUCGCUGCAGCAAUGGACUCUGCCGCUCCACCGCCAUCGUGUGCUCCGGCCGCGAUGGCUGCGGCGAUGGCACCGAUGAGCAAACCUGCGCCGUCUGCCGCUGUCCCGCUCCAACUGCUGCCAGCCUGCCGGCCUAUUUGGCCAGACAUCGCCCCAUGCCGCUGUGGUAGACGGGGGGAGUAGGGAGAUCUACAUGAUGAUCGUCAUCACUAUACUUCGUGCACUUCACCCACGCUGUCAAUUUGCCAAUUUAUGUGAACCAAUUUUGGAUAUAUUUGGAUUUUUUGAGCUAGCAUUUAAGUCGAUUUAACGCUAUUUAUU